UUCCGUCCGAUCUGCCAUGUUGGACAAGUUGCUUGGCAGUGGAAGCUAUGAAUCAUUUGACAUGCGCUGCAUGGUUACCGGCCAGUUCGCCGUUGGAAAAUCAAGUCUGGUCAAGCUUUUAGUUGGGGAUAAAGUUCCAGAAGGGAGACAACCCACUGAUGGCAUUUCGCUCAUAGAAGGUCGCUGUGGCCUUGAUAUUGAGACCAGAAGUUGGAUCAUAAUUGAUCCAGCAACUUAUAAUGCCUUGGAUGUUGUAUACAAUAAAGUGUUAAUGACCUCCGAAGAAGAAGAUGAAAGUAAACAAACAAAAACACCAGAAAAACCUGAAUCGGAUGAAAAGCCUGUUGAUAGUCCAAAUAAAGAAGAUACUCAAUCUCAGAAGUCUGAAGCCACCAGGUCAACAGAUUUCCCUGUGAACCUCUCAGAUGAACCCACUACACAGCCACAAGCAUCCCAAUCUUUGUCACUACAGAUGUCCUCCAGUGAGUCUAAAAGACAGCAAAGGAAGAAGAAAAUGACGACCAAAAUGACCAAAAAGGAAAUAAGAAAGAGAAUGGAGAAAGUCCUCAAAAGUGGGAAAUAUAAAAUGAAAGUUGGCCGACUCAUCUUCUGGGACUUUGGUGGACAGUAUGUCUAUUAUACAACACAUCAGACUUUCAUGACAUUCAGAGCCUUGUUUCUGGUAGUUUUUGAUGGUAGUAAAAGAUUGAAUGAAGAAGUCCCUGAUGUUCUGUGUUUUCCAGGGCAACACAUGACACCAACCCCAGCAGUCUUUUUACUACACUGGGUGAACUCAAUCCUUACCUACUGUAAAGUGGUGUAUGCUGGCAUCCCUAAGAUUUUGUUUGUUGCCACCCAUAAGGACAAGAUACCAGUGGAGGAUGUCGAAACAAGACGUGCACUAUUGUACAGCGAAGUAGAGGAAUUAUUCAGGGACCAUGAAGGAAGAAAUCAUCUUGUUCUUGACAAACAAAUAUUUGUCAAUGCAACUGAUAAAGCUGAUCAAGAAAUUGAAUCCCUGAAAAAAGCCAUCACAGAGCUUACUUUCGACCAUCCAUGUUGGGGGGAGAGGAUGCCAAACGCUUGGGUUCCCCUUGAACUGGAGAUAGCUGAGUUGGUUGCUGCGGGAAAACAAAUCCUGUCAUUGGAUGAAGUUGAAGAGUUAAAUGCAAUCGGCACAGUAUCAGUUCUGAAUUUAGAACAACUUCAUGACUUCCUUAAUUUCCAACACUCGCUAGGGAAAAUCGUCUACUUUGAUACCCAGCAGCUCAGAGAGUAUGUCAUAAUCAACCCCCUUCUCAUGGUUGAGGUUAUGAGGUCCUUUGUGACAGACAAAUUAUUUUGGCCAAAGAUGAGAAAAAUGCAGGAAAUUUUCAGAAGAAUGUCAGACAGUGGGAUGAUAUGCAGAGAAGACAUGUACAGGAUUUGGGACCAAAAGGACUUCCGUGAAAUUCUACCAUACAAAGAGUUUAUAUUCAACAUCCUCAUCCAUUUAGACAUCCUGGCAGAGCAACGUAGAUAUGAUACAGCUACAGGAAGUCGGAUACCAGUAGAUAACUUCUUUGUUCCCUGUAUGGUCAAAGAACGAAAUACCACCUGCUUCAUGGACAAAGAAUGUACACCAGAGAGAGCGAUAUGUUUAGCAUUUGUUUUUAAAGGGACUGUCAUACCACCAGCUUUGCCCAAUCGUCUGAUCAGUGCAUGUCUGAGCAUGUGGACUUUGAAGCAGUAUGAAGGGAGAAAACUCCUCUUUUCAGGAUUCAUUGUAGUAUCAUUUGACAAGGCACAUGAUAUUGUAGUAUGCGUUGAAGGCAACCAGAUUCUGCUUUAUAUAGUCCAUAAAACCUCUGCUGGACUUAUUGUACCAGAUAUAGCCACGGGAGUUAAGGAAUGCUUGGUUCUAACAAUGGAGAGAAUUUCAGAUUUCUAUCAGUCCACAAUCAAUGUCAAACACAGUCCACAAUUACCUUUCCAUCUUGAUUAUUCAUGUGCCAAGUUGAAAUGCUUCAUCAGUGAAGAGGAAGCUUUGCAGACCAAUGAUUGGGUUUGUGACAAACAUAAACAAACACACAGAGCCGGAGACUGGCUGGUUUGGAACCAAGAUAAGAAGAAAGAUCAUUGUGAUCAGAAUUGUCCAGGUUUAAGUGAUGAUGCUUUAAAACAAAGACCAAGUGAUAUUGAACUAUUACGUUUGUCAAUCAAAUGUCCAUCAAACCAAAUGUAUGAAUUAGUGACACAUCUCGAAAUGUAUGAAAAAUGGAAUGAUAUCACAUACAAUUAUAGAGAAAAUAUCGAGGUAGCAAAGUUUUUGGUUUUAUCAAAAUGGAAAGAGAUGAAAGUUGAGAGCAAUUUCAAAACCUUGGCAGAAGCUCUAAAAAACAUGGAUAUAUCAACUCAUGUUUUGUGUCAAGUUAAAAGAAUAAAAAUUGUAGAAAGUGACAUUCCUUUGGAAUACCUAGAUUGUGUUCCAACAGAUGAGAUUUUGGACGCAUUAGCAUCACGAAUUGGUCAGGUAUAUUUUCAACUUGGUGCUGAGGUUGGACUGUCAAUUCCAACCCUAGAGCAUAUUCAAGCCAAUAUUCCAAGAGACUUAGAAGCUCAGAACAAGGAAGUCUUGUUCCAAUGGAGAAAAGACAGAUCAGUGAAACCUACAAUAAGGGUACUUGUACAAGCAUUAGUUAAUGUUGGGAGGGGAGCACAUUGUUUACAGGAAAUUCUUGAGAAUGUGGAUCCAAAUACCCUCAGACGCUUUGGAGGAGGAGGAGGAGGAGGAGAAGGAGCCAUUCCAAAGAAACAUCAGACAAAAUCAGACCAGAAACAACCACGUACGCAGAAGAAGUCAAAGAAAUGUCCAAUAUCUUGAAUGUUGGCACCACAGAAUAUUGAUCCAAUUGCUUUUAAUCCGGAGAAUAAUUUAAUGGUAAAACAGAGGUGAAACAAAAAUCCUUAUUUCUAAUAUGUAUAUCUGUAAUGUCUGAAUUUUUUUAACUUCGUUUGCUACUAAUUUUACCCAGCAGCGACUACAGGGGAUAUACCAAGAUAUACGUAUAGUCUUCAUUUGUUCGAAACAGUCAUAAACAUAAUCCUUUCAUAGGUUAUGAUGGUAUCUUUAAUCCAGCUUAUUACUUUUUGUGAUUUGACUAUUUUCAAAAGAUUUUUUUCGGACUUCACAACAUUUUUCCCCGUGUGCAAUGCAGUUAAUUUUUUGGCAUCCGUCUUUUAAUCAAAUAAAUAUUUUUUCACAUUUUUCUUCAGUAUACAAAUUAUGAUGACGUCAUAUUGGGUCAGCUAAAAGUGAUUAUUUGUAUUGUAUGAUCUGUUUUCGGAUUUGUUUAA